AUGGGUAUUUCUUUGGCUCUAUUCUGUUCUUUAAUUUUAAGUGUGAUUGGCACCAACGCUGGAGCUGAGUUUAGAGUUCUUUAUAAUCCACCGAGUCUAAAGUUCUCGCGAACAGCCAAGACAUUGGAAAGUGUCUUGAAAGAGAUAAUUUCUGCUUCUCUCGGGUUAUCUGUUGAUGAGAACACGGAAUGGAAAGGUUUGUACGUGCUUGAUCCGUUCAGCACCCCCGAAGCUGCUGUAACAGUGUUUGUAGACGGGGUUUCAGACCUCGGUAACAAUACGGGUUUAGAAACUAAAAUAUUUCCAUUGACGGUUGAUGAGUACGAUCCAAAUAUUUAUGAAGCGGUAAAGCAUAGAAUCAAGCAGCGAUUUACCAACGGCGGCAACAAACUUGUCAACAUUAAACUAUCUGAUCAGAAACAAUUGAAGUCACGAAGCGUUAUCGAAGUAUUCGGUCAUAUUAUAGUUACUAAAGUUGCUAAACAACCACUAGUACAUUUGAAGUAUUCUGUUGAAGAAGACUAUCAAUUCCUAUAUGAACUUCAAGCUUUAAAAGCUAUCACCGCUAAGGUUUCGUCUGGAGUCAUUUCUCCAGACAACAUUGUUGACUUCUACAACUUUCGGUACAGUAGUUUGCAUCCCCUGUCGGACUUUCACGGUCCUAAUUCUGCAGAAAUUGAAGAGGCUAAGCUACUUUUAAGUAAUGCUCUUCAAGAGCUAAGUAAAGCUUUUGUAAAGGCUUACCGUGGAUCAGUAUUUGUAACAACUAUCGUCACUGAUGUAACUCAUUCACGUCGUGUUGGACGAUCUCCUGAAAAUGAUGGUGAAGAGCCUAGUGAGAACCCUGCUAUUCCUGGAGGUGUUGACGGAAAAGUAAUUGGCUCUGUCAGAGGCAGUGACGAAUUCGACGCUAACUUUUCCGUAAUGUUUAACAUUAUGUUUUGGUUUAGUUUAGUGUACUGUUUCUCUCUAAUAGCCAUUGUGUACACCGUGAUGGAUAUGGACCCCGGAAGAGACACGAUCAUUUAUAGGAUGACUAACGUUAGAUCGAAAAAAGACGUUUAG